UACAACACAUAUUGUGCACAACUGAGAACUGUCAAACGCAGCACAUGUACGCGACAAAUUAGCAGUUUUAAAUAACAAAAACCAAAUUACGUGUAUUUUCCGUAUUUAUUUGAGUGAAAAUAGGUGGGUGAAUGAAAACCGAACAAAAUGUCGUCAAAUAAUUCGGAUGGUUGGUCAUUUCUAUCGACAAUUAAAUAUACCUGUAAAUUUCCCAAUUGUGAUCUGCAAUUCAGGCGUAAGGAUCGAUUGGACGCCCAUGAAUUCACCCACAGUAAAAUGAAAAAAUUCCAAUGCAACAUAGACGGUUGUGACAAAGCAUAUAUCACCAAUUCACAUUUGCAACGCCACACAAAAACUGUACAUUUCAAAUUAGCUCAGAAUGUGUACUGUCCACAUGAAUCGUGUGGUAAAUUCUUUCAUUCGGUAAACAGUAUGAAGGCACAUUGUCAUCAAAUCCAUUCGGAGAUAUUCCGUGCAUUUGAGUGUGAUAUUUGUGGUGAAAAAUUUCGCCGAAAAACUCAAUUGAAACAGCACAUGUUUGUGCACACUGGUAACUACCGAUAUACCUGUGAUAAGUGUGGAAAAGGAUUUCAUUUGAUGAGCCGAUUAAAAAGGCACGAAAAUUCGCAUCGUACACGCCAAUGUCCAGACUGUGGUGCUACAUUCGAUAAAUGGUCACUCCUUUUGGCACAUAAAAACAAAGAACACAUAAAUAGUGACCUGAAAUGUUCGAUUUGUAAUCGUGAAUUCCAUUCGAGGCGGUUGCUCAAAAUUCAUCGGAAAACGCAUGCAAAUCUUGACGAUCGAAUUGUUUACGAAUGCCCGUACGAGGGAUGUUCGAAGGUUUUUCUACAGAAUCAAAAUAUGCUAGCACAUUACAAGUCGAAACAUGAAAAUCGAACAUUUCCAUGCACAUACGAUGGCUGUACACUGGAAUUAAGUACAAAACAAAAGCUAAAUCUUCAUAUUAAAGCGAUGCAUUUGGGAGAAGUUGUGAAUAAGAAACCAAAAAAGGUGCAGAAGAAAGCCGAAAGAAAGGAUAAAGGAACACAAAAAAUAUCGACCGCAUCGAAAUUCUUCAAAUUUAUUUUGCCGCCAGCAUUUGAACGAGCUAUCAUUGCCGGCCAAGGAAAGAAUAUUCAUAUUGAACAUGGUGAGAUUGAAGACGAAGAUAGCGAUACUAGCGAUCGAGAAGACGAUUUGGAGACUUCAAAACUAACUACCGUCAAACUUAUUGAAGGCGUUGUCAAAUGUUGAACUGCAACUGAAUGAAUUUUAAUGAAAAUUUUCUUACGUCACACAGACGUAUAAGACAAAGCAGUUAUGAGAUGUAUAUGAAGGGAAACUAUUUAUUGAAAGAAUAAAAACCGAACUUAUAAUUCAAAA